AGCAUAUUAAAGUGAAGACUGAUGAAGGCCGGCACCAACACAACAAGAGCAAAAUUCACCAAGGUUUUGCCUGAAAAGCCUCACUGUAGAGCUCUAUUGCAUACUCAGUCUGUUUGUUGAUAUGGGGUAGGACUGUGAUUUUGAAGAGUUAGAAGAAGGUUAUAAUGGGGGCUAUAUUGAGUUUGAAUAAUUCAAGGACUAGAGAGAGUGGACCUCAUGGGGUUACGCAGAGUGAAGCACGCAAGAGGCAGAGGUUGUCUUCAUUCCUUUAUGAGGAGAACCCGAGAUUGAUUCCCAGUCUUCCUGACGAGAUAUCUAUUCAGAUUCUUGCCAGGGUACCUAGGAUCCACUAUUUGAAAAUGAAGAUGGUGUCACAUGCUUGGAAAACCACUGUUAUGAGUGCUGAGCUUUUCAAUUUGAGAAAAGAGCUAGGAACAACGGAGGAAUGGCUCUAUGUGUUAACAAAGGUUGAAAGUGAUAAGCUCAUAUGGAAUGCUCUGGACCCUCUGGCCGGAAGAUGGCAAAGGUUGCCACCAAUGCCUAGUGUUUGUCCUGAAGAUGAAUCUAGGAGGGCUUUAACUGCCCGUAGAAUGUGGAAAAUGGUAGGCUCAAGCAUUAGACUUGCGGAUGUUAUCAUGGGAUGGCUUGGGAGGAAAGAUGUGCUGGAUCGAAUGCCUUUUUGUGGUUGUGCCAUUGGUGCUGUUGAUGGCUGCCUCUAUGUCCUAGGUGGAUUUUCAAGGGCUACAGCCCUAUCAUGUGCCUGGCGGUAUAACCCAGUUAAUAACUCUUGGAGUGAAUCAGCUCCGAUGUCAAUGGGUAGAGCGUAUUGUAAGACAGGCGUUUUAAACAAUAAACUUUAUGUUGUUGGAGGGGUUACUAGAGGACGUGGUGGAUUGGCCCCUCUUCAAUCAGCUGAAGUAUUUGAUCCAAAAACAGGUCUAUGGUCCCAAAUACCAAGCAUGCCCUUUACCAAAGCUCAGGUGUUACCAACUGCAUUUUUGACUGAUCUGCUCAAGCCUAUUGCUACCGGGAUGACUUCAUACAAGGGUAGGUUGUUUGUUCCACAAAGUUUAUACUGCUGGCCCUUUUUUGUUGACGUUGGAGGUGAGGUGUAUGAUCCUAAGGUGAAUUCAUGGGGUGAAAUGCCAACUGGCAUGGGAGAGGGUUGGCCCGCAAGGCAAGCAGGGACGAAAAUGAGUGUCACAGUUGAUGGUGAAUUGUAUGCACUGGAUCCUUCUAGUUCUCUUGAUAGUGCCAAGAUCAAGUUAUAUGAUUAUCAAGAUGAUGCUUGGAAAAUUGUUGCAGACGACGUUCCAAUUCGGGACUUCACUGAAUCAGAGUCUCCUUAUUUACUUGCCGGUUUCCUUGGGAAGCUUCAUGUGAUCACGAAGGAUGCGAGUAACAAUGUUGCAGUUCUGCAGGCAUAUGUGCCGAAUCGUCUUGCUUCCAUCUCAACAGAUUCAUCCUCUUCCUCAUCCCAAGACAAUGCCUCUGAAAUUUCAGAACAAAAAGCAGAAUCAGAAGUAGAUCUUUGGAAGGUAAUUGCCACAAGGAGUGCACGAACUACUGAACUGGUUAGCUGUCUCGUCCUUGAUCUGUGAAGAUUAUCACUUGAGAUAUAUAACGUACAGAUCCAACACUUAAAAGUGUUGGUUAUAUAGUUUGUGUGUUUGUUUUUUGGUAUCUUAUAUUAUUAGAUGUGCAUUGUGAUAGUCAUUUACUGUAUGUAAUUACUCACCUUUGUGAUUGAGGAGAAGCAAAAUGAAUAAGGUUCAGAAUAUAUUAUGAGACUAAGUUAUUCUCUGUCUCCAAAAUCAUAACAUUCAGGAUAUAGU